AUGGAUGAAGGCAUAGAGAUUUCCAGUGAUGCGAAUUCCCUGAUCAAAGCAGUCCAUCAGAGCCGGCUUCGCCUCACAAGACUCCUGCUAGAAGGUGGUGCCUACAUUAAUGAAAGCAAUGAUCGUGGGGAAACGCCUUUAAUGAUUGCUUGUAAGACCAGACAUGUUGAUCACCAGAGUGUCAGUAAAGCCAAAAUGGUGAAAUACCUGCUCGAAAAUAAUGCUGAUCCAAACAUACAGGACAAAUCUGGGAAAACCGCUUUGAUGCACGCUUGCUUAGAAAAAGCUGGUCCUGAAGUGGUUGCCUUGCUUCUGAAGAGUGGGGCUGACCUUACUUUGCAAGACCACUCUAAUUACUCUGCGCUUGUUUAUGCUAUAAAUUCAGAAGACAGAAACACACUGAAAGUUCUACUUCGUGCUUGCAAAGCAAAAGGGAAAGACGUCAUUAUCAUAACAACAGCAAAGUCAGCCUCUGGAAGGUACACUACCAAGCAGUACUUGAAUACGCCUCCAGGAGAUUUAGAUGGGAGUCAUCCUGAAGCCUCUUGUGCUACGCCUUCAGAAAUAGAUGUAACCACUACCGGAUCACCACAUUCUCCUGAUAUGGAAAUGACUCCUUUUGUCUUUAAAGAUCUGGAGGCCUCCGGAAGCAGUGAUGACACCUGGGAACCAGGCUCCCCAGUGUGGAAGCCUGUGACAAUCUCUAAUGGGUCCAAGCUCCCCCAGGCUCCACCCUGGAUCAAGAGUGCCCCCUCACUAAUGCACCAGAACAGAGUGGCCUCUUUGCAAGAGGAGCUCCAGGAUAUUACUCCAGAGGAGGAAUUAUCUUACAAAACCAAUGGGCUGUCACUUUCCAAGCGAUUCAUCACUAGGCACCAAAGCAUUGAUGUAAAAGACACUGCACAUUUGUUAAGAGCCUUAGAUCAGGCUGGUUCAAGAAAGAUGUCGUAUGAUGAAAUAAAUUAUCAGUCAUUCUUUUCAGAAGGCACUCAGCAUGGUGGUGAAAUCCCUGUUGAUCCGGACCCAGAAACUAACCAGACAAUAUUUGCUUCUACCUUAAGAAGUGUCGUUCAGAAAAGAAACUCAGGAGCAAAUCACUAUAGUUCUGAUUCCCAGCUCUCAGCUGGUCCUACCCCUACAACUUUAGAAGAGAGCAGAGCACUUACAGGAAAGAAAAAGAUCCUCUCACCAUCUCCUUCUUUGUUGUCAGGCUCCAAAGAAUUGUUAGAGAACAUCCCUCCAGGUCCCCUGAGCAGGAGAAAUCAGGCAGUUUUAGAAAGACGUGGUUCUGGGGCUUUUGCUUUAGAUCACAAUAUUACACAAACCAGACCAGGAUUUCUGCCACCCUUAAAUGUAAACUCUCAUCCUCCCGUCUCAGAUAUCAAUGUUAACAAGAUUUCCAGUCUUCUGUCUUGUGGUCAGAAAGUGCUUAUGCCAACAGUUCCUAUUUUCCCAAAAGAAUUCAAAAGUAAAAAAAUGUUAUUAAGGAGACAGUCAUUACAAACUGAACAAAUUAAGCAACUGGUAAAUUUUUAA